UGAAUGAGCUUCCAGUCGUUUUAUCAAGGGAAGGAUUUCCUAAACCCCACUUUAUCGGAGACGUAGCGUCAUCGUAGUCUCCUGCUCAAGACCUUCAAAGAAAACUACCUACGGUAAUACUCGUCCUUGGCGGCGAUGGGUUGCUUGGGGAUGCCCAUCGUGUGCCCAUGAAUUUCAAACCCCUCCCUGUUCCCCUGUUCUCUCUUCACUGUUUUCAUCGUCUCAAUAGGUAUUUCUCUGCAGCAACCCCUCCUCUAAUGGAUUUUCCUCUUGCCAAAACCCCAACUCAGAUCCCAACUGAUUCUCCCUAUUCAAAUCUCGCCGAAGAACCUGACAAUCUUAUUGGCUCUGAUCAUAAUCAAGACGAAACUCGACAAGAGCCAGAAUGUCCACUUUAUGCGCCAGAUAUGGGGACUUCUUGCUUGGAUUCUUCGGCGAGGUGCUUGACAGGUGUUUCUCGGGUCGAACGCGCCUGGGCUUAUUGGACUAAGUUGGGUCGACCCAAGUACUUAGUCGCCCCGAUGGUUGAUAAUUCGGAACUACCCUUUCGAAUGCUCUGCCGCAAAUAUGGUGCCCAGGCUGCGUAUACUCCUAUGUUGCACUCUCGCAUUUUUACCGAGACCGAAAAGUACAGGAAAGAAGAAUUCACCACUUGCAAGGAGGAUCGACCAUUGUUUGUCCAAUUUUGUGCGAAUGACCCUGAUACAUUGCUGGACGCCGCGAGGAGGGUUGAAGCGGAUUGCGACUAUGUUGAUAUCAAUCUAGGGUGUCCUCAGCGCAUUGCUAGACGAGGAAAUUAUGGUGCCUUCCUAAUGGAUAACCUUCCUCUUGUAAAAUCUCUAGUGGAAAAAUUGGCUCUCGACCUCCAAGUACCUGUAUCAUGCAAAAUUAGAAUCUUUCCAAACUUGGAAGAUACAUUAAAUUAUGCUAGGAUGCUAGAGGAGGCUGGUUGUUCGCUUUUAGCUGUCCAUGGCAGGACAAGGGAUGAAAAAGAUGGAAAAAAGUUCCGAGCUGACUGGGAAGCCAUCAAGGCUGUGAAGAAUGCUGUUAAAAUUCCAGUCCUUGCCAAUGGGAACAUCAGGCACAUGGACGAUGUUCGUGACUGCUUGGAAGAGACAGGAGUUGAAGGGGUGAUGUCAGCUGAGACUCUGCUUGAAAAUCCAGCCCUCUUUGCUGGAUUUCAAACUGCUGAAUGGGUGACGGGGAGUGAAGUGGCCAGUGUGGAUGGAAAUCUGGACCAGGCAGAUUUGCUUGUAGAGUAUCUAAAGCUUUGUGAAAAGUACCCUGUUCCAUGGAGAAUGAUCCGUUCUCAUGUUCAUAAAUUGUUGGGAGACUGGUUCAGCCUUCAGCCUCACAUUAGAGAGGAUCUUAACCAGCAGUCUAGACUGACUUUUGAGUUUCUUUAUGACAUGGUCGAUCGGCUUAGGGACACAGGUACGAGAAUUCCACUUUAUCUCAAAGAUAAAGAAACGAGUUCAGCAGUAAAUGGCCAAACAUACUGAUACGGCCGAAGGCCAACAAGCGGCUCAGAUUUAAAUUAGAGCCCCAUAGUUUUUACUCGUUAUGCGGGAAGAUUACUCAUUCUCUUCAGAUGCAGUUUUGUAGCGUUAACAAAUCACGUUGUUUCAAAAUAGGAAUUUUUCCAUGUUGUAAUUGACUUCAUUCUUAAGUUAUUUGACAGUGUUGUACCCGUAAUAGCGUCAAGACACCGGUUUUUGUACUGAGCUAACGCAUGUGAUUGGCCAAGUCUAAGUUGGUUAAGAUUUCUCUCUCUGCUUUUAGAUGAUUAAUUGUUGAAUUGGGAUUUUGUUGGUUA